AAGGAGCAGGAAAAGAACAAUGGAAGCUGACCAAUCCAGACUCCUGUUUCUAUUAUUUCUUUUCGCAUGGCAACUAUCCCCAGAAGUUGCUGCAGAAGUUCAGGAAUCAUCAGAUGGUUCUGCUGCUUCCCAGAAAACUGUGUCACUCACAGAUGUCCCAGCGACCGUGGAAUUCAUUGCUGCUGCUGAGGUGGCUGUCAUAGGUUUCUUCCAGUAUUUAGAAAUACCAGCAGUGUCCCUAUUCCAUAGUAUGGUGCAAAAAUUCCAAGAUGUGUCAUUUGGAAUCAGCACUGAUUCUGAGGUUCUGGCGCACUACAACAUCACUGGGAAUACCAUUUCCCUCUUUCGCCUGGUGGAUAACGAAAAACUGGAUUUAGAGAGCAAAGACACUGAAAGCAUUGAUGCCACCAAAUUAAGCCGUUUCAUUGAGAUCAACAGUCUCCACUUGGUGACAGAGUACAACCCUGUGAAAGCGAUUGGCCUAUUUAAUAGUGUGAUCCAGAUUCAUCUUCUACUGAUGAUGAACAAGGCCUCCCCAGAGUAUGAAGGAAGCCUGCACAGAUACCAGAAGGCAGUCAAGCUCUUCCAGGGAAAGAUUCUUUUUAUUCUGGUGGACAGUGGUGUGAAGGCCAAUGGGAAGGUGAUCUCAUUUUUCAAACUAAAGGAGUCUCAACUGCCGGCUUUGGCAAUUUACCGGACUCUAGAUGAGGCGUGGGAUACACUGGCCAUCGCAGAAGUUUCUGUGGAGCAUGUGCAAAACUUUUGUGACGGAUUCCUCAAAGGAAAACGGCUGAGAGAAAAUCAUGAAUCAGAAGAAAAGACUCCAAAGGUGGAACUCUGAUCUCUCCCUGAUACUUCUGUAUAUUACUAAGUAUUUACAUGAAAUAAAAAAAGGGCAACUCAAACCUCAGAGACACCAAAUAACAGGAUCGCCAGGACUUACACACACGCACACACACACACACCUCUCCGUUUUGUUCCUUGAAAUCUCAUUUACUCUCCUUAUCCUUUCUUUUAAAUUGUCUACACUCUCUCACUACCCAUCCAAUCUUCUUCUACACAUUCAUACCGUGUAGUCCCAUACACCCACAACACAUGUCACUGAAUGGCGCCUUUAAGAGAACUCCUGUGAUAUCUCUUGGAAGUGGAGACAUUCCUGGAGGGAGGUUGUUCUGAUUUGUCAUUUUCUAGUGAAUCUGUACACGGCACAGGACUUACACGUGCACCAUAUUUUCUGUUCUUUUAUGGUUACCAAGGGGUUGAAACUCUACUUUCUUCAUAAGCACAUGUCCCUCUCUAACUCAGGGCCAGGAACAAAAGGAAGGUCUUAAACACCUUUCUGGAACUGUCUUUUUGCCAGAGUCAAAUGAUGCUUCCAAGUCUCUAAACUCAGCAGAAACAAACCAUGUAAAAAUCCUAUGCUGGGUUUAGUGUUCCUAACUCCCAUGUAAAUCAAGAAGCGCACAGUAAAUAAAAAGCAAUAAUGUUA